AUGGAAUUGAUGGCUAAACUAAACCAUCCGUAUAUUGUGGAGUACAAAGAUGCUUGGGUGGACAAGGGGUGCUAUGUGUGCAUUGUGACUUCCUACUGUGAAGGAGGAGAUAUGGCUGAGAUUACAAGGAAGGCCAGGGGAGUAUUUUUUUCAGAGGAGAAACUAUGCAAAUGGUUGACUCAGCUGUUACUGGCCGUGGACUAUCUGCACUCCAAUCGUGUCCUUCACAGGGAUCUGAAGUGUUCCAAUAUAUUCCUUACAAAGGACAAUGACAUCCGGCUUGGUGACUUUGGACUUGCAAAACUGCUCAGUACAGAAGACCUUACUUCAUCGGUUGUUGGAACUCCGAACUACAUGUGCCCUGAGCUCCUUGCAGAUAUUCCUUAUGGCUACAAAUCAGAUAUAUGGUCACUUGGUUGCUGUAUGUUUGAGAUUGCUGCACAUCAACCGGCAUUUAGGGCUCCUGACAUGUCCGGGCUUAUCAACAAGAUAAAUAGAUCCUCCAUUUCUCCACUGCCAAUUGUAUAUUCAUCCACAUUGAAACAAAUUAUUAAGAGCAUGCUGAGGAAGAGUCCAGAACACAGACCAACUGCUGCAGAACUCUUAAGGCAUUCCCAUCUACAACCAUACCUCCUCCGUUGCCGUAACCCAUCCUCCGUCUUUCUUCCAGUGAAGCCCACAAACGACACAAAAGAUAAAACAAGAAGAUUGUCAUCGUCUAGCAGAUCUAUUGGUGGCAAAGACAACGGAGAAAUGGAGUUAAGAAUAUUAGAAGAGACGGUGCUAAUCACUCCAUUUGAUGAAGAUAGUGAUAAGCAACUGAAUGAAAAUAAUGAUAAGCAACUGAACGAAAAUAGUGAUAAGCGACUGAGAAGUUUAUCAAACGAUGACACGCCAGCACUCAUCGCCAUGACAGAACACAAUCUUGAAACCAAAAAAGUUGAUCCGACAAGCUAUUCUACAAAUAUCUCUGUUAGCAGUGAGGAUUCCAAAAGUGGGGACACUAGUGAAUUAACUGCUUGCAAUGAAGGUAAGCAAAGCAGCUUUAACUCUUUAUCACAAACAGAAAGCAAUGAUACCCUGAAUACUGGAAGCAGCAACAUAUCAAAUUCUCAGCUUGAAGUCGAUGAACACGAUAAGACCAGUCAGGCCAGUCCUGAGUGUCUUAAACAAUCCAAAGAGGUUGAUAUUGAAAGAGAGAACACAAAAGAGGACCCUCAGACAAAGGAAAAUGGUGCUGUGUUAUCGAACCACACAAGAAUGUCGAGUGCUGGCUGCAGCGACGAGGGUGGUACAACAGAUGAUAAAAAUUCAUUGGCAGCUACACAAACUGCAAGCCAUGAACCUGAAGAAAAAGUCCAAUGUUUGCACAAAAUGGAAAAUCCUGAUACUCAAAGUGGUCUCCUUGUGGAAUGUGUAUCAUCUGAAAGUAACGAUAUAAUUCCGUACAAAGAUGAUGUGGUAAUAAAGGUGCAGAAUAUUAGUCACUCGACACAAACAGAGAAAGAAGAUGUGCAAGUGAUGAAUCAGGCACCAAGAGACAUUACAUCGCUGCGUACGCUAACUGCAUUAGGUGGUGGUGAUGAUAGCAAGAGUGAGUGUGAGAAUUCUCAGCAACGAGCCGAUGCUCUAGAGUCUCUGCUCGAGCUGUGUGCACGAUUGCUUAAGCAGGACAAACUUGAAGAGCUUGCCGGUGUGCUAAAACCGUUUGGGGAAGAAGCUGUCUCAUCCAGAGAAACAGCAAUUUGGCUGACCAAAAGCCUCAUGAAUGCACAGAAAUCUGUUGGAGGAAGCUGAUGUUCAAUAAAUUUUGGAUGGUCGAUUUUCUUUCUUUCAUUCAUACAUUAUUGUUGAUAUGGUGUCUUGUUGGAGUGUGUUGUUGGUACAGAAUGUGUUGCUCUGAAAAGGUUGUUUGACUUAAAACUGAAAAGAUUUAUGACAAAGCUAUGCUGGUGGUUCUCUCAGGCCACCCCCAGCUUUGACAAUUAUUUUGAUUGAGAUUAACAUGAACCAAUAAGGAAUCGAUGUUUGUUCUUGUACUCUGAA